AAGUUACGAAAAAAGAAUUAGAAGCAAGUCCCACAGAGACUCCCAACUUGAACUUAUUACAAGAUUCCUUAAGUGACGGGAACAGCCUUUUCUUAGUAUAUGAAUUAAGCAAAUAUUACGGCAAGCAAAUGGCUGUGAAAGAAAUCAGUUUUCGAGUGAAGCCACAGGAAUGUUUUGGAUUACUCGGCGUAAAUGGUGCCGGAAAGAGUACAACUUUUAGAAUACUAACGGGAGAAGAAAUGUCUAAUAGUGGUAUAAUGUACUUAAAGCAAGCUGAAAUCCAUUCGAAUAGAUUCAAGUAUCUUUCUGAGAUGGGAUACUGUCCACAAACUGAUGCUUUAAUACCCUCCUUAAACACUUUUGAUCACUUACGAUUGUUCGCACGUCUUCGUGGUAUACCAAAGUCCAACGUAGAGUUGGAAGUUAAUAAAUGGAUUACUAGACUAAAUUUAACUGCUUGCAUGAAUCAGUCAAGCGGUACUUACAGCGGCGGUAAUAAGAGACGCUUAAAUAUCGCAAUGGCUCUCAUUGGUAAUCCUACCCUUGUUCUCCUGGAUGAACCUACUACUGGUGUCGACCCUGCAGCUAGAAGAUCGCUUUGGAAUACUUUGCAGUCCUGUCAGGCAGCUGGACAAGCUAUUAUAUUAACGUCUCACAGCAUGGAAGAGUGCGAAGCACUUUGUAAUCGACUAGUUAUCAUGGUGAGAGGUGAAUUAGUCUGCAUUGGUGCAUGUCAAGAAUUGAAGCAGCGAUUUGGAGCAGGUUACAAUAUUCAUGUAAAAUUAAAUCCAUCCCGAACGGAUGAGGAUGUUAAUAAUAUUAAGAAAGUUAUUAAGUCUACUCUAAUAUGCGAUAUUAGAGACGAAAAUUUGGGUUUUCUUGACUAUCAUGUAACUAAUUGUAAUACAACAUGGGAAAAAAUGUUUAAUACAAUGAAGAGUUUGAAGCAAAAAUAUAGUUGCAUUGAGGAUUACGCUGUCUUAUCUGCAACUCUGGAACAGCUCUUUAUUCAGUUUGCAAGAGAAGCUGAAAUAUCUGAUAAACCUCCGACUGAUGUUACUAGUCAUGAAGAAACAGUAUAAAUUGCAUGCGUCUUAUUAGAUACCGAAAUAUAUUUAAAAUUAUAUGUACUAGAUGAAAAUUGAAUUAAUGGGAAUUAAUUUAUAUUACA